AUGAGGGAUUGUAGAUGUACGAAGGAGAGAGUGGGCUUGGGCGCGCUGAUUUGGUGCGUGCCUGAGUACUGGCAGCUAGAGAUAUAUUCAAGGUUUCGCGGACCGUGCGUCAUAGAUUGCACCCAAAACCUCCUUGUUUCACCUUUGCAUCUCCAGCUCUUCACUCAUGGACAUCGACAGCCUAGCAGCUGGCCUAGCGCAGGAUGCCAGCCUUAUCAUCGGCUCCGGAAACGAACUGACUCGUUUGGCGGAGAGCUCGGCCCGAUAUGUCGCCCUGAACUUGAACCAGCGGUGGGUCUCGCCUGCUCUAGUCUGAAGGGUGGACCUAAUUUGGGUAGGGAAUGGAUAGUUGAGGAGCUCCAAGAGCAGACGGGACAGCGGCUCUGGUCUCAACUCGGUCUGGUCUGGGAGAGGCUGGCCAAGGCGGCUGCGGCUAAGCUCGUCGACGUCCAAGAUUCGGAGGAGCAGGACUUGAUCAACCUGAGUUUGGCGCUGGCCAAGUUGGAGAGGAAUCUCUUGGCUGGUAUCGAGGAGUACCAGAGAGCUGCUAGCGGACACGAGGAAGCGAUAAGAUCCCUACUGUUUCAUAUCACGACCUUCUCGCGGAUUGAAGAUGAGAAAUAUCACACACUACAUGCUGUAAUGACUCAGCUGUUAUCCAAUCUGAUCUCGCCCAUUCACCCUUCCUUUCCCGAAACGGGAACAGCGGAUGAGAAAUUGGCGAUCUAUCUCAGCGGGAACAGAGAGGACGAUGUCAUUGCGCGUCUUCUGGACUCAAAAGAUCCCAAGACCAAUUCAGCCACCAUACACCUUCUCAACAACCUCACAAGACAGUCCCGCCACAGAUGCGAGCUUAUCCUCUCUUCUCCCGCUGGCAUCUCUUGGCUUUCUCGUCUCCUCGAUCGGCUCGAAAUCUUCCAUGACGCCUCAGACGGCCGCUUCGAGCUCUCAACCCAAAUCUUCACCACCUUCAUCGACUUCAGCCUGCACCCUCGGCUCUUUGGCGCCCUCGCUUCCGUCGACGAAGUCAUCUCGCCCAGUCAGACCUCCCUGCUGAAAGUCCUUGACGCCUAUAUCCAGCGAAACAGCGACAUCGACCUGAACGCCAACCUCUUCCUCAUUCAGGUCCUUCACCUCCUCUCAGCUUACUGCGUCAUAGCGACGAGGAGCGCUCAAGACGACCCAAGGCUGCCGAAAGUCCUCGAGGGGCUGCAUUUGGUCUGCGAGAUCCUCUGUGCGAUAGGGUUGGCGGUACAGGCGCGUAUAGACGAGAAGGGGAUCAGGACGUCCGCGGAGCUCAAGCAAGUACCGGGAGUGGUGGUAGUCAAGGGGCUGAAGUUGGGUGAUGGGGAGAGACCGAGUUUGAUAAGACCCGUCAUCGACCUCCUCAAAGAACUGGAAGUCUUCCAGCCUCGAACCAACCCUCGUCUCGCCCGCGCAGACGCCACAGCACCCAUCAUCCCCCCAGAUCAAGCUCGGCCCAUCGCUCAGCUGAAGCGGGUCUUGGUCGAGCUGCUAGGCGUCCUGACGUUCGGGGACACCGAUGUCGGUGAUCAAGUGCGGGAAGCAGGCGGAGUGCAGCUAGUCCUAGGAAUGACAGAGAUGGACGAGGGGAAUCCAUACCUCCGCGAACACGCCCUUCUGGUUGUCCGAAAUCUCAUGCUCGGCAACCCCACCAACCAGGCGCUGAUAGGGCAAAUGGAUCCGGUCGGUGUUCUAGGCCAAAACGGAGAACUCCUUGCUGUUCCGGAGCGGAUGAAACGCUCGCCAGGUGCUUCGUCAGGUGAUGCAUCUUAA